GUGACGCUGGGAUUCCUGAUGGAGACGUUCAUGCUGGGGUUAAUCUUUGUCAAGAUCGCUCGACCCAAAUACAGAGCCAAUACCAUCCUCUUCUCCAGACACGCAGUGGUAAACCAGGAGAAUGGAAAGCUGGUUCUUCAGGUUCGUGUAGGAGAUCUAAGACAAUCUCAUCUGGUCGAUACCUCCAUUGCUGGGAUGUUGAUUCGCCGCCAUUCUACAGAAGAAGGAGCAUACUACCCGCUGUACCAAUUCAACUGUGAGUUCUCAGCAAAUGGGAUGGCAGAUCGAGUCUUUCUCUUGUGGCCAAUCAUUUUAACCCACGUCAUUGACAAGGGCAGCCCAUUUUACGACAUUCGACCUGCCGAUUUGAGCUCGGAGAAAUUCGAGAUUGUUCUAUACUUGUCGGGCACGGUGGAAUCUACAGGUGAAAUGUGCCAGGCAAGAACCUCUUAUCUCCCAAAGGAAAUUUUAUGGGGGCACAGAUUCGAACGGAUUGAAGAAUAUGAUAUUGGGCAUCGUAGGUGGCACAUCGAUUUUGCAGGUUUUAAUGACGUUGUCUAUACUCAGAACAUACGUCACAGCGCUAAAGAUCUAGAUGCCUUCCGAGAAGUAGAAGAGGAACGAGCCAAUAAAACCAGUAAAGCUAACUCUCUGGAAGCAGUUGCAACAUCAUCAUCAUCGUCAACAACCACAGCAGCUUCGUCAUCACUUCACUGUGACCUGAGCCCAACGGCAUCUCCCUACGACAACACAGACGCGCCACUGAUCAGUAAGACAAAGAAGAAAGGACGUAAAGGCCCAAAACAUUGA